AUGUCUUACCCCGUUCUUCCAAUUGGUGCCACGUGCGCUGUUUACAUCCGAAAGCAAUACCCGGGGCUCCUGAAGGAUAUUGUCCGCGACUGCACCGACAUUAUCAACGCCAUUCGCUGCUUCGGUACUCUCGUGUCCGAGUAUGAACUGGCCGAAGACGGCUUCAAGAAAUUCGAUGCCCAUGGUGGUGACACUGCCUGUCAUGUCCGCGCCUCUAUGCUCCUAGAGAUCUAUCAACAUUACCGCCAACAAGCCAAAGUAUCCGGAAAGGGCUUCUUGGAGGAUGUCGAGGUAAAUGCCAUCCUCGCGCAACUCCACACUGUCCGGCGAAAUGCGCAAGAUAUCUGCGCCAAACUCACAAAGGAGAAACGCCAGCCACAAGAGUUUGGCUUAGAGGCUAAACGCGAUAAUAUGAUCCACGUGGUGGAAGUUUUAGGGUGGCAGAUCGACCCAGAAGUGGCUUCUCCGACUUCAUCCUCUCCAGGCUCUUCGGAUAUCUCGACCUCUCCUACUUCGGACUCUUCAGCUCCAUCCACAGCAGCCUCCGCUUCUUCUCCCGUGUCCAUGGCUUAUAGUUCAUUUAUACCUUCUUCAAUCUCGUCCUUAGCUGCCCUCUCCACAACGGAAUGGGAUGUUGGAGAUCCCAAACUGUGUAUUCUGUUUCUCGCAGCAUCAUCAAUCCUUUCAGAUUACAAGGAGUUUGCUCGUAUGGGCUCGCGAAUUACUGUUCGAUUUCUUCCUGAUCAGGCCAUGGAAUAUGGAAACCGGCUCAUUGCACCGUAUUGGGACCGCACCAACUCGAACUACGCCGACUUCCGCAUCAACAGGGUUAAAGAUCGACACUGCCAUCUACAGAAAUGGAUGUCCCGCAUUUCUUGCUCGUGGAUUCAUAGCUGGGCUAAAAGGCUGUCAUUAUCGCCACCUGCACAGCGAAUGUUGAUUGAUGCGACUCGCCAGUCGCCCAGAGACGUCAGCGUCGUGGCAGCUUUUCCCGCUUUCCUUGUCUGCCGCCGAGCUUGGACCUUGCAGGGCUGGCCCUUACUUCUUAUCAAUCGAAACUUUUGUUCCCAAGGCUACCACAUCAGCGCCUACAUAGCCUUACCCAUGGUUAGUCCACCAAAACAACAGGGUAAAGGUCAAGAACCUUCACUGUUCGAGGAAAGCAUGUGGCCCCUACAGCCUGUUUCGCUCGAGGAUCUUACCACCAACCCAAACUACAAAGGGCGACCAUACAUCACCAUUUUCGGAAAUAGCAUGGACAGUAGCCAUCUCGACUAUUUAUCGACUGCUUACCGAGAAGAUGGACAUCACAAAUAUCUCCCUCAUCACGAGAACAGCUCCUGUCCAGAGCACCAACAACACACCCAGAAAUUUAUAGCCACUGACCAUGACGAACUUUCGAAAUCCCUUCUUGCUGACCACUGCCAACACCCGUUUCCCACCCCACCGAGACAGAGAGAGCUCGAUGGCAAAAUGGAUGCAGUUUGGUGUGAGGUUGAGGCUCAACGGGUGUGCUAUGCUGCCAAGGUCAAUGAGCUGGGAGGGGGACCGGAGAAUAUCAAUGUGUUCUGCUGGGAGCAUGUUUUUGCAGAGACGCCGGAACGAGUGGCACUGGAGGUUCAGCGCAAGGUGCUGGCUGGGGAUCUCAAUCUGUUCUUUUGA